UUCAAAUGGGUUCUGGAGCGGCUGCGAGUCCGGCGAGGUGAAGCACAGUGGAGGAGGAACUGGGAAACAGAGCUGAGAGCAGGUCUGUGUUUUUCCGAUUCAUAUGAGCGCAGAGCCUCCAGCGUGAAGAAUGCGGACAGGACUGGGAACACUACUGCUUUUACACGUUUUCCUCAUGGAGACUUUCUAUUCUAAAGGGAGUGAGACAGCUUGUGAAACGGGACAGUUCCGGUGUAGUAACGGCAGGUGUAUUCCCACGCCGUGGCGAUGCGACGACGACGACGACUGCGCCGACAACAGCGACGAAGAACAUUGUCUGAAGACCACAUGCUCUGUAGCAGACUUUACCUGUACAAACGGACAAUGUGUGCCAGCUCGCUGGAAAUGCGACGGAGAACCCGAAUGUCUGGACGGAUCUGACGAGGCUGAAUCUACGUGCAGUCGGCAAACUUGUCCGGUCGAGAAGUUCGACUGUGGAGGCAACACAAACAAAUGUGUGUCUCUGUCCUGGCGCUGUGAUGGAGAGAUGGAUUGUGCAAACGGAGCAGAUGAGGAACACUGUGCUGCCGAUGAGAAGGUUUGUCCGCCGAAAGAGUUCCAGUGCCGGAACGGCUUGUGCGUGGCCCCCAGCUUUAUAUGCGAUGGUGACGAUGACUGCGGAGACAACAGCGAUGAAGAGAAGUGCACAUCAAGCACAGCCAGCACAUGCAGCCCUCGGGAAUUCCGCUGCAACAACUCCGAGUGUAUCCCGGCUCUGUGGAGCUGCGAUGGUGACCCUGACUGCAGAGAUAAAUCGGACGAGUUGCCGGAGCGCUGUCACAGCAGGAACGAGCCGAAGAAGCCAGGCUGCCCGACUGGAGAGUUCCAGUGUGGUAGCGGAGAGUGUGUCCAUCUCAACUGGAAAUGUGAUGGUGACCCAGACUGCAAGGACAAGUCCGAUGAGACAAACUGUCCUCUCCUUACCUGCAGGCCGGAUCAGUUUCAGUGUGGCGAUGGCUCCUGCAUUCACGGCAUUAAGCAGUGUAACCGUGUACAUGACUGUCCGGACUUCAGUGACGAAGCAGGCUGUAUUAACAAGACUACUAAAUGUGAAGGGCCACUGAAGUUCCUGUGUAAUGACGGGGAGUGUAUCGACAGCAGCAGGGUGUGUGACAACAUCAAGGACUGUAAGGACUGGUCAGAUGAACCCAUGAAGCAGUGUGGCCUCAAUGAAUGUGCCAAUAACAAUGGUGGCUGCUCUCACAUAUGCAGAGACCGACGGAUAGGCUACGAGUGUGAUUGUCCCUCAGGUUACAUGCUGCUGGAUCAGAGGACUUGUGGAGACAUAGACGAAUGUGAGAACCCAAACACCUGCAGUCAAAUUUGCAUCAACUACAAAGGUGACUACAAGUGUGAAUGCUACGAGGGCUAUGAUAUGGAUCCAGUGUCCAAGACGUGCAAGGCUGUGGGUAAAAGUCCAUACCUGAUGUUCACCAACCGACACGAGAUCCGACGGCUUGACCUGGUGAGGAGGGACUACACCCAAGUGGCGCCCACCCUGAAAAAUGCUGUGGCAUUAGACGUGGAUGUCACCACAAACAAGAUGUACUGGUGUGACCUUUUCCAUCGCAAGAUCUUUAGCGCAUAUAUCAACAAAGCCAGUAACUCAUCUGAGCAGAUCACUCUCAUCGAUUCAGCACUACAUUCCCCAGAAGGCAUAGCUGUCGAUUGGGUCCACAAUAACAUCUACUGGACUGAUUCUGGACACAAAACCGUCUCUGUUGCCACUACUGAUGGCAAAAAAAGAAAAGUGUUGGUUGACAGCGAGCUGAGUGAACCACGGGCGAUUGCGCUUGACCCCAGACAAGGGUUCAUGUACUGGUCAGACUGGGGGAUUCAGGCUAAAAUUGAAAAAGCUGGUCUGAACGGUGUGGACCGCCAGGUGCUGGUAUCGGAGCGAAUCGAAUGGCCUAAUGGGAUUACUUUAGAUUUGUCCAGCAGACGUCUGUACUGGGUAGACUCCAAACUGCACCUCAUCUCCAGCGUGGACCUGAACGGAGAUAACCGUAGGAUUCUGCUCUCAUCUACUGAACACCUGGGCCAUCCGUUCGCCCUCACAUUGUUUGAGGACCGAGUAUAUUGGUCAGAUCUGGAGGACGAGGCUAUCUACAGUGUGAACCGGCUAACAGGCCACGAUAUCUCCAUGCUGGCACAGCACCUGGACAGCCCACUAGAUGUGGUGGUGUUCCAUGAGCUCAGGCAGCCCAAAGCUCCAGACAGCUGUAAUAUGGGGAGUUUGCCCAACGGUGGUUGUGAGUACCUGUGUCUGAGAGCUCCACAGAUCACAGAGCACUCACCCAAAUAUACCUGCGCCUGUCCGGAUGACGCAGAGCUCGGCCCAGACAUGCGCCGCUGUGUCGCAGUACCAAAACCCAAGACUACAACAACUGCACCUUCUACACCUACGAAAACAGAACCUUCUACACCCUCCACACCUCCAUCGUCCACUUCAACUUCGACAGCUAGCACCAGUACAACAUCAUCUAGUCCAAGUCCAAGUGCGAUGACUGCUUCAAGCAUGAAUGCCCCUUCUACAACACACAGCACUACAGCUUUAUUGCCAAUAACCACACCACCUUCCAUCACUGUGUAUUCCACCACUCCAUCACCAUCCUCCACGACACGCAGCACUGAGAGCAGCAGCACACCACCAUCGCAACCUCCCAGCUUUGCACAGAACGCAACAGGGAGCAGUCAAACACCAAGAUCUACCACUGUCUCUCAAAAAGACGGACCAAGCAGUGGGGACAGCAACCUCUCACACCGUGCUUCAGGUGGUCACUUCCUCCUCGGGAACAACAUCACGGUGGCAGUCCUGGGUGUCGUCAUCCCUAUAGUUCCUAUCCUUGCCACAGUGGUCCUCACGCUGGCGUGCACCGGAGGCUACCUGGUCUGGCGCAACUGGAGGCGACGCAACACCAAGAGCAUGAACUUCGACAACCCGGUGUACCGCAAGACCACCGAGGAAGACGACGACGAGAUCCACAUUGGCCACAGCGAACAGAUCGGACACAUCUACCCAGCCCGCGUGGCACUCAGUGUGGAGGAUGACGGAUUACCCUGAGGUUGUUUUCUCCUCCCCUCCCUAACUCCAUCCCUGUGUCUAUCCAUCCACUUGUUUGGGUCCCUUGGUCUGGUGGGGAGACUGCAGUACUGCACAGCAAGGCCCAAAGAGAACAGGACACUCAAACAUACACACACACUCACUCUUUUUGGUGUUAGUGCUAUGUGACACACAGAUUUGUCCUUUAGAGGCUGUGCAGCUCCUUGCACAGAUUAGAGACUAACACUAACCUGUAUGUGUUCUAGCUCGAACUCUUUAUUACUGCAGCUCCAGCAGAAACACUAGCAAUCAUUCCCAUAUAACCAUCACUAAUUUUAUAGAACUCUGCUUCAUUAUGCGUACUGAGUCCUUUUAUUGCUGGUGUAAACCUGCAAAGUGUGUGAGCUGCGCGCACGUGUGUGUGUGUGUGUGUGUGUGCGUGUGUGUGUGUGUGUGUGUGUGUGUGUGUGUGUGGACAGGGAUACAUGGGUGACUUGGACUAAUCUGCUUUGUUAACACUGGACCAUUUAAAGAUGAACACAUUUUGUUGAGCUGGAAAGCAAACAACUUCUACACACACUGUACAUGUCUGAUGCACUGCAGAAUGUGAUGCCUUGUCCCCUAUAUAAGAAUAAGAAAGGAAUUACAGUAGGAAACUAGGCAUAAAUGCUCAUGCAAUGCAGUCUUUUAGCACCGUGUCAGCUGUAUUUAGACGUCUUCCUUACAUAAUGGAUUCAGAGUUUAAAGGAUAUUAGGAUUUUAGGAAAUUGUACACGUGUCUUCAUAACCACAACCACAGGGCUUCCACGACCCAAAGCCUGUCGCUCCUGAGCUCUUCCCUGUCUCGUGGUCACUGAGUUUUAUUCGGCUCAACACUUUAGCGCACGCUCUAAGAUCAGUUAGUGUUCCUUGUCACUGGAAUGGUUUCCUCAACGGCACGUUGGAAGAGGUUUUACAUGUAGGGAGUGCUGGAAUUUCAUUCAGAAUUCAAAUUGCGGUUGUAUAAAAAGGGUUAGAUAGCACUUAGUUCUGGUCCAUUCAUUUUUUUAGUGAAGUGAUGUACCAUGAGUGCAUAUAUAUCACUCCUCUCGUCUGAGUUCACCACAUAAAAUUCCUACUUCCUACUUCAAAACAGUUACUUCUAAAGUUAGUCACAUCAUCAGCUGACAUGGUAAAUGAUAUAUUGAUAUACAUGACAUAUUAUUAUGAAUGUAACUUUUGACUUGAAAAUGUAAAAAGCUCUUCAGAUGAAGACAGAAAUAACGUGAACUGGCUAGCGGCUAACCAACAGGCUAUAAAAUGAAGGUGGCUUCUUCUACUUCUACUUCUAUCUUUUUUUAGGCUUUUAUUUCUACUUAGAGGAGCAAAAAUACCCAGAACAUUUCCUUUGUUUUAGUGUUUGUACAACGUUCUCAGCACCAUCACUUAUACAUCCUUGUUGGUGUAGACGUCUUAUCUACCUUGUAGUAUAUUUCUAUACAGUACACUUCUUGUGUCUUUCAUUUGGAAAUAUGGGUUUAGUCAUUUAAGAUGGAUAAAUGGAGUGUAAAUUGUUUUUAGGCUGAAGUGUUAAAAGGACAGUCUGCGUACCAUUAAAAAGACAGGUCUAAAUACUACACCCUUGAAGAUCCCACCCCAGUGACAUGAAAAAGCUUUUUCGGAGAGUGUAGGAUUUUUACCUUUUGUUGGUUAGGACCUAUUUUUCCUGUUCCUUUUGUGAUUCAUAGCAGAAACAUUGACUUUGACAUUGAAAAACGUUGAAAAUUGACAUUGUUUACUCGGCAGUGCAGACCGGCGGUGGCCGAAGUAUUCGUAACAGAUUAGGUUUUAAAUUGUUGUCUAGUGACUAAACAUGUUCACAUGAGGUGAGAUCGUUUGUCCUGACCCGACUUUGUCCUGUUAUUCAUUCAUGCUGCGCUUGUCUUAGAUCUCUGACCAAUAAAAACACAUGAAAUCUGGUUCCACCAUUUAAACAAGGAUUCAGAUUUGAAACCAGAUACAAUUAAGGGCCUUUUUACACCUGGUCACUUCAUGUGUUUUCUCUGAUCCGAUAGCUAUCUGAUCUGUUAAAACUGUUCCAUUUAUAUUAGGCCACAUAAAUGCGUCUUGGCGAAUCGGAUAUCGAUCCAAUCUUUCUACUAUCGCCCAAAAUGCAAACAUAUUUUACCUCAUUUCCGGGGUAAUUGAAAUGGAACACGCUUUGGUGUAUGCGGUUGCUACAAAAAACAGCAUUUACUGCAUUUUUGCUGGCCGCAGCAGUGCGUUUUAAGACCCGACGAGACA